GUUCCUGUUCCGGCACUCACAGGAUAUUUAUUCGUGAGAACUACAACAACCUCUCCCUCCAAAUAACUUUGCUUUAUGAAAGACUAGUACAGCCUAUGUUUUUCUUUAAAUCAAAUGUUGCCUCCGGUCCUCCAUGAGCGGGCUCAUCACUUCCUUGCUGAUCGAACCCGUCGUUCGGCAAGCACGUCGUCUGUCGCAGCAGACUGAAGGAUCCCGUCCGCCUUCUAUCCUUGACCAACCAGAACCCCUGAGCAUCCAGUAUCCGAAAUCUUCAGCAGGAAAUGAAGACAACACCAAUAGUACCACAAGGGCUAUGAUGUCACAUUCAGGGCAAGAAGAACAGCCUAAUACUGGGUUGCCCGGUGGAUAUGUAGCCUCCGAAGAUGACCCCUCUUUCUCAGCGCUGACUGAGUCCACCGAUGAAACUGAGCCUUUAUCCCUGCAACACCAAACUAGGCAUAUAGUUGACAAUAUUGACUCCGAGGACUCAAAUAGUCAUAUAGUGGUCAUGCAUGGGAUUGAUCCGAUGGGCCCACGACAAGCCGCUUCCGUCACCAUUCCUACACGAAGUGUCUCUCAACAGACGAGUACCAUUUUGCCGGAGACCGAACGGGCUUCACACAGUCACCUUGGCAUAUUUGAGGCGAAUGGUCAUUUUUCGCUUCCAGAAGACGAUGGAAUGGGUGAUUUGAGGAAAAAGAUCCAUGCCAUCCGAGAUUUGAAUUGUAGUAACAUGGAGCAAGCACGUAUGGUCCAUCGGUUAAUGACAGAGAACUAUAAUGCCUGUCAAAGUAGCCUGGAUACUCAAACUAUGCAGGCAACACUGUCGCAUUCCGGACCGCGAAGUCCGGAUCGGCCUGUCACUCCGAACCGCCACGAGAGUGGCCAGUUGUUUAAGCGACAGUCUUUAAUCCCAGCUAGCCCAUCUUCGGUCGCUCAGCAGGAGGUUCAGCAUUGUCUGACAGCUGAAGACUUGAAACCAACUUUCUUUCCCAAAGAUGAACUAGAGCCGCCUCUUGAUGAUGUUGAUGAUACGGAUGCUGAGGAACUCGAAGAGGCUUGUCUAGGCUGUCGGCAUUAUAAGAGGAAUGUCAAGCUACAAUGCCACGCCUGCAAAAGGUGGUAUACCUGUCGAUUUUGCCAUGAUGAGGUAGAGGACCAUCAUCUCAAUCGGCCAAAAACAGAGAAUAUGCUAUGCAUGCUAUGCGGACAUGCCCAACCUGCCUCACAAUUCUGCAUUAAAUGCGAAGAACAGUCUUCUCAGUACUACUGCAAUAUUUGCAAGCUCUGGGAUAAUGAUACUAGCAAAAGUAUCUACCACUGCAAUGAUUGCGGAAUCUGUCGUAUUGGCCAAGGUUUAGGUAAAGACUUCUUUCACUGUAAGGUAGGGUGCAAUACCCCAAAGGGCUGGAAGAUACAUCCGUAUACAGGUACUAAUGUAUUAUUUCAGACAUGCUGUGUCUGUCUGCCUAUCUCUAUUGAAAAUACUCAUCGAUGCAUCGAGCGCUCGACGCAGUGUGAUUGUCCCAUCUGUGGAGACUACAUGUUUACUUCUCCCGAGACUGUCGUCUUUAUGCGGUGCGGUCACAGUAUACACCAGAAGUGUCUUUCUGAAUACUCCAAAAACUCGUACCGCUGUCCGAUCUGCAGCAAAACUAUCACGAAUAUGGAAUCUACUUUCCGAAACCUAGACCGUACCAUUCAAGGUCAGCCUAUGCCGGCUGAAUUCAAUGACACGAAAGCUCUAAUUUACUGUAACGAUUGCGGCGCAAAGUCAGUUGUGAAGUACCACUGGCUUGGGCUAAAAUGUGAUAUGUGUGAAUCAUACAACACUGCCCAGAUUCGACUAGUAAAUGGAGAUAUACUGGAUUCAUUAGAAGAUGGAGAUGAUGACGUGAGAGGAGGAUUCGUAACGACUCGAACAAGGCCAUCUUCCCAAGGCGCAGAUGAGAUCGUGCUCCCAACGUUGGCAUCAUUGAGACUUGACACCGACCCAGGCCCGGGAACUAGCUUAACCACACGACUCAAUGCGCCAUUAUCAGCCGAGUCAAACGGGCGGUUUUCCUCCUACAGCAUCACGCGCGGCCGUGCUGUUUCCCCGGUUAUCAGUAACUAUUUCGGGAUACCCCCUGAUCGUGACUCCGAGAGACCAAAGUCAACGUCAUUGUUCGGUGGCGGAGCAUCCAAGGCGAAUGAAAACGAAGACAGCGGUGAAAUUCGCCUUUGGGGUACGAAGUUCAAAUACAGGUAUGGUUUUCUAAGUCGAGGGACCGAUUCGGCCGAUGGAACUUCAGAAGCCAACGGCAAUAGAGGUGAGAAUGAAGGUAAUGGUGGUGGUGGUGAUGAUGAUGGACGGUCAUGGAGUAGCUACUCAGACGAGGACAAUGAGGAGGGAGAAGAAGAGGAAGAAGAAGAAGAAGAAGAAGAAGACGACGACGACGAGAAGAUAGAUAUAUUUGGACACAGAUGAAGAUGGCAUACAUAGUCUUCUCUCAAAAGCCAUCACAUACCCUCUUAUCAAUUAUUGGAGGACGUUGCCGUCCGUCAGAAUACAAAGAGCAUGACGGUUGGAGGAGGAAGAUGGUCGGGGAAAUGCCUAGCAGCUAGAAGCAGGCGAGUACUGAGGCGUUUCCAUGCAAUCAGAUCAGUGCAUCAAUCUCGAUAUAUCGUUCAAAAGGGCAGCGUGCAACCCUUCAUGAACAUCCUCAAAUGGAACGACAACCUAUAGUAAGACUGAGAUCGUGUUAUAUAUAUACAUGGAAAUGAUCGUAUUAAAAUAGUAUUAUAUACCAGUACGGAAGUAGUUGAAGAUUGGUCAGCCAAUGACUAAGUCCUGUAUCGUAUUUCACAUGCGAG